CACAGGGCGAAUGGGCGCCAGGCUGUAGAUGGGUUCCCAGGGUUGAAAUCCUGAUCCUGUCUUCUACUAAUUGGGUGACCCUGAGCAAGCCCGCUGCGUAGCCAGCCUCAGCUUCCCUAUCUGUGCAGGGUGAGCUGGGUGAGGUGGUAUUGCCCUGGUCCUCCCUACAAGCCACUGUCACUGGAGCAGGCAGGGCCAAGCUGGGUCAGGGCCCAAUGCUGUGCGGCAGGUUCCUUCUGGCAGGUUGGGGCUCCAUGCAGGAGGAGAAGUCCCUACAAGAGGUCCCACCUGAAUCCAGGUAACCAAAGUAAGCCCGGAACCCAGACUAUCUGGAAUGCUCCUCACCUGAUGGGGGUGUCCUUUGUCCUGAGAAGGGGACUGUGACCCCACUGUGAGGCCAAGCCUGCCCUGGGAACAUCCCUCGCCUUCCUCUCUAAAAGCUCAGGCCCAGCAGAGGCGGGGCACAGGAACCGAAGGGGCAGAGCGUGGAGCUCCUGGAGUCCUCAGAGCCCCGGGUUCUUCCUAAGGGCAUGUCAGAAAUACAGCCUUGGACAGUCAGUCCUGGCACAUGGGGACAGGUGCUGCCCGUCCGGGACUGAGCGCACCCUUGCCAGCCCACGCUUCACUGCAAGUGACCCAGUCUUUAUCUUCAGCCAGAACCAUCCCCUCCCCGAGCACAACACCGCCCUGCCUACUGGCGAUUCCCAUCCCUGACACCUAAAAUCAAGUUCAUCUCCAACUGAACUGAGAAGCCACCACCCCCCCAAGCUGUGCCCCCUCACCUUCCUCAGUCACUCAAGCCAGACUGGCCUUUCCCUCACUCCCCACAUCUCAUCUCGGAGCAGGACCUGGUGAUCCCCCAGCUACCCCUCAGGUCCUCCUCCUCUUCUCCAUGGCCUCUGUCCCUGUCCCCUGCAGCCUCCCCUUCUCCCACCUGACCACAGUCACAUCUUCCUGCCUCCAGACUGGCCCCCUCCAACUCAUUUUUCACCUGGCAGCCCAGAGAUAUGUUCAGAAAAUGCCAGCCUGACCGCUCCAUUCCACUGCUUAAACUCGUCAGCAGUCCUUUCUAAAGCACACUUGCCUUUGGCAAAGCCUGCUGUGAUUCUGGCCCACCUGUCCGGCUUCAACUCUCAGCUCUGACCCAUGUCUCAGCUCUGGGGCAAGUUCUGGCUCUGCUUGUGGACCCCUGACAUUAUUCCACACAACACGGCCUCUGCCCGCAAGGCCUGGGCCCCUCUGCCCACUGAACUCCCUCCCACUAAGGAGCCUCCCAGGCCCAGAUCAAAUAUCUCCUCUGGGAAGCACCUUCCCCAUCCCCCACCCACCCAAAGGCAGAGCUGGUGGCACCCUCCCCUGGGUACUCCUAGAGCAUUUCCCAUCAUGCAUCGCAAAGGCUUAUUUUUGGGUCUGACUUGGGCCUGGCGGAGCUCCUUGAGGACAGAGCCCUGCCUUAUUUAUCUUCCGUCCAUCGGGACUCAGUGCAAGAAGGUGGAGGGAGAGAGAAAAGGAGGGAGCGGAAGGAAGAAAGAAAGGCAGGAAAGAAAACAGGAAAGAAGAAAUGAACAAGUCAAGCAAGGCUAUCAGGGGAAAAUUCAUUGAUUCAUGCAUCCAUCCAUUCAUUCAUUCAACAAAUAGCGGUUGAAUUCCUAUCAGGCCCCAUUCUAGGUAUUAAGGAUACAAUUAGCAAGCUCAAGUGACUGGCAACUGACUCACCAUUCCCAGGUGACUCUGGUGUGUGCGUGUGUGUGUGUGUGCGUGCGUGUGUGCAAGCCCUUCCGUCUGCAAGGGCCUGCUGCCGGGGCACCUGUCUUCCCCAGGGCCUGGUGCUUUUAGCAUCUGUCCCUGGAUCCUGUUGCAGCCCGAAAUAAGGCUAUGAGCCACUACAAGGCAGGACUGAUUCUUGAUUCUCGUCUGCUGAGGCCAGAGCUGGCUGCAAAGGCGUGCCCCACUCAGACUGGACCAAGGACCACCAGCACCUACACGACCACUCAGCUCUCAGCUUCCCGACAGAGGUGUUAAUCUUGAGGGCCUGACAUUCCCUCCUGCACACUGUGGUCCCGCCACUCAGGAUGAUCCCUAAGGAGCAGAAGGGCCCAGUGAUGGCUGCCAUGGGGGACCUCGCUGGACCAGCCCCUCUGCUGGACCUGGGCAAGAAGCUGAGCGUGCCCCAGGACUUGAUGAUGGAAGAGCUCUCGCUACGCAACAACAAAGGAUCCCUCCUCUUCCAGAAGAGACAGCGCCGGGUACAGAGAUUCACCUUUGAGUUUGCAGCCAGCCCAAGGAUGAUCGUGGACGGAAGUGCCAAGGGGAAGAUUAUGGGGUCGAAGGUGACAGGAUCAGCGGAGCUGGGGACGGUUGCCAAUGGCCCUGAGGGGCAGAACUGCCGCUCUGAGCUCCACAUCCCUGCAGCCUCAUCCCAGGGCCCCGAGGAUACCCAGUCCGCAGCUUUCCCCACGGAGCGCGCCUGCAGUCCCAGCGCCCUGGCACCAGGCUAUGCUGAGCCACUGAAGGGUGUCCCGCCAGAGAAGUUCAACCACACGGCCAUCCCCAAGGGCUACCGCUGUCCUUGGCAGGAGUUCAUCAGCUACCGGGACUACCAGAGCGAUGGCAGAAGUCACACCCCCAGCCUUGCCCAGUAUCGAAAUUUCAACAAGACCCCGGUGCCCUUUGGAGGACCCCUGGUGGGGGAGACUAUUCCCAGAGCAGGCACCCCCUUUGCCCCGGAGCUCAUCAGUGGCUUGGAACUCCUUCGCCUCAGACCCAGCUUCAACAGAGUGGCCCAGGGCUGGGUCCGCAGCCUCCCUGAGUCCGAGGAGCUGUAGCCCCAGCCCGAAAAUUCAAUUCCCCUGUCUUGGUGUUUGGGUAACAUCUUGGAGUCAAGACUUCUGGAUGGCACUUCCCAGUUUAUGAAGGGGCUCUUCACACACAAAGCCUUAUUACAAAUGGCCUCCACGGCCACAAAGUUUAGUAGUCCCCAGAUGGGGUGUGUUUCAGAAUUUCCUGGAGAUGAUGGUUUGCAUACAGAUUUCUGGCCUGCCCUAGACUUGCAGCAUUCUAAUCUCCUGAGCUGGGGAGUUUCUAUUAGUAACCACACUCCCAGAUGAUUCCAGUGAAACUUGUUCAUGGUCUGUGUCUUUCGGCAUCCGAGCCACCAGUGAAUUCACAUCCACGCCUCCCUUCCUUCCUGCCAUGGACACCAGCUUAUACUCCCCCGACAGGCAGCUUGCUAGUGGCUGGUUAACCUAUGCAGAACUCUGAUAAUCAGAAAGAUUCCCUUGCAUUGAGAUGCAUGUCUAAACAUUUGCUAAGUACCUACUGUGUGCUGGACACCCUGCCAGCCCAGGGGAGUGUGUGGUGAGUAUGCCUGGGCCUGACCUAGAGGAGAGAGGGCAGUCAGGAAGGCAGAUUCGUAAGCAGUAGUUCGUGUUCGUUUCCUGACAGCACGCUGCCGACAGAGGAAGAAAGUGCCAUGGUCAGGGGGAUGUGCCCCCUGGGGAUGGGAUAGGAUUCCUGGAACCUUCUCAGAGACUUUGAGUAGGACCCCAGAGGAGGAGUGAGAGCCACCGAGGGCAAAGGGGGUCAUGGGGAGGGCAUUCCUGCCCAGUGGACUAGCAUGUGCAAAGUGUGGAAUUGCGCCCAGGAGGAGGAGGUUAUGUUCUGGAGAAAGGAGGGGCUGUGUUAGAGGGUCAGUGAGGGCCAGCUUUGGGGUUUCUUUACUAAGGAGAUGGGGGCAGGUUUUAAGCUGGGGAGUGAUGGGUCUUGCUAUGUGGCAAGAUUGGGCAGGACUAAGACCAGAGUCCAGGAAGUCUGCAGGAAACAAGGUCUAGAUUUGGGUGAUGGCCGUGGGGAUGGAAAGAAGGGGCACCCCUCAUCCCUCUGGGCACCUUAUCGGUCAGCUGCAAUGUGGGGUACAUGUAAGGCCCCCUUCUUUCUUUUCCUCUUCCACUCACCAUCUUGUGCAAGCCUCAGGGCAAAUCUCAUCCUGGUCUCUGCCGGGGCUAGUUCAGGACUAGAUCCAGUUACUAGGAAAGGAGAGAAAGGAAUGCCUCUUCGUUCAGCUGAUGACGAAGAGGACAAGAACAAUGCUGGCAGUGGUGGCUGCUUUUUACUGGGUGCCUCAGUGCUUGGGCUGGUAGUAGGGUCCCACAUAUCCUAUUUCUUAUUUCCAGUUCAACCCUGAGGGAAAGUUAUUGUCCCAUUUUACAGGACGUGCAUAUCUGGGCUCGAAAGAAAUGGCUUGUUCAGGGCCAGAGACAACAUGGGAAUGUCUAGUUCCAGUGGCUGUCCCUUUUCGCCACACUGGGUGGCCAGGCCAAUGUCCACUCACUAUGGAACCAUCUAAGCACAGUGUCUUGCCUCGGGGCUUUGAAGUGAAAAGUGCAGGUUGGGAAGUUAGGCUGGAUGGGGUGGGCUCUAACUUCUCCUGCUAGUCAUGUGAGCUUGAGCAAGUCAUUUCUCAUUGGGAGGUGUCCAUCCCUCUACCUGUAAGAUGAGGACAAGGCCAGAAGCCUCUGGAUAGGGCAGUGGUGAGCACAAUGAUGGACGCAUACCUAAGAAGCCGUCAGUCGUUAUUAGGUUUCAUGCAGCUCCUGCUCUUGCCUGGGAAAUAUGUUCCUGUUCUUAAAAGCUGGCUGCAAGAUGUCAGUGGGGUCAGCAAAGCUUAAGCCAGAAGGAAAGCCUCUAAUUACUGUUGGGCUCCCAGUGGACGUGGACGUGGAAUUACCUCCCUCUGCUUUCUCCCUGGCUCCCUCUCUUGGGGAGAUGAGGUGGUGAGAAUCCAGCUAGUUCUACAAUGCCUGGGGUAGUGGUUACAUUUUCCUUUGGUUCUGGACUUUCACUGCACCCCACUCCAUCUCCAGGGCCCAGCAGCCUAUUAGACUUGCCUGCCAUUGAUGUGUUGUCUUGAAUUGGGGGCGGGGGUACUGUUGAAAGCCAAAUCCGCAUGAGCUGAAAACCAACUGUGAAAGGGUCUGACCCAUAGAAGAGAGGAUCUGGACCCCCUUGGACUGGCUAUGCUGUGUUCUGGACAGUGAUGGCCACCACCAGCUACAGGAUAGGAGAGCCUGCUGCACCUGAAAGCAAAUCCACAUUAUUUCUUCUGAUGAUGUGACUUUUGCUGAAGUUGCUUAAAGGAAAAAAAAAAAAAAAAGGGAAUGCUUAUUAUCUAAAUAAACAAAUAAGUAAAACGUGGAAGGAUUGGACCACAUAGCUUCUCCUGUGUUCAUAGACUUUCCCAGCCUUCUGCAUGCAACCUUGUCUCCAUAUACUGGAGGUAACCAAGGGUGACAGUUUAGAGCUUCUAGACUUCUAAGAAGCCUCGAUUAAAUAUGUAGUGCGUAAAGGUGCAGAGGUGCAAAACUACUUCUUUGUUCAAUGAGAGCAUACCUUUUGUACCAUUCUGUAUUUCGCAUCUUUAUUCAACAACAAGUGAAACAUGGGUCCUGAAAAAGCCGAGCAUUAACCUUUCAUGUAAUCUGUGGGCCUAGCGAGCCCUUCAUAUAAAAUCCUGUUCUUUGCCUGUUCAUAUAAAAUUCUAUGCUUUUGCCUAAUCUGUGCCUUACCUAAAUGAAGUUGUAUGGUGAUACGGAAGUGUAAAGGACUGAACCAGUAAGGAUGUUGAGAAUGCGGACGCACACUACGGCAGCGACGAGUGGAGGGGAGCUGGGUUUCGUGUAACAGCGCGGGCACAGUGCAGGCACAAGUUGGCACACACGGGAAGGUGGAUACAAACACGUAUGUGUGUGUUGCAGGGAAGUGUUCACAUAAAAGUCAGGAUGGGGUUAACUUUGGGAGGAAAGAAAGGGGGGUGACUGUGAAGGGAUAAAGUGUUCCUGGGGAAAGCUGGACAAUUUCUGUUGCUGGAUUCGGGUGAUAGUUACAUGGGUGUUCACUCUAGAGUAUUAAAUUUAGUUGUGCGUCUGUAUUUUAUGCGCUUAUUCUAUACAUGUGUUAUAUUUUACCAAAACAAUCCCACCUUUUAAAAAGUGAAUGGACAAAUCAGUAAUAGAUCAGAUGUAUCUGAUAAGAGAAUUAGUGAACUAGAAGUGCCCACAGUGUUUCACGGAGAGGUGAGGAAACUAAGAGUAUGAGAGAGAAACCAAAAGACGUGGAGAAUAAAAUGAAAGCGUCUGACAGUACUGACAGGAAUUCCAGAAGAUGCUUUAGGAUGACUGCGUUUUCUCCAGAUUUGGUAAAAGGCACAAAUUCACACCAUCCUCACCUUGUCAUGAAAAGGGAUAUUAAAUCCACACUUAAGAACCACUUUUUUGAGGAACGCCUGGAUGACUCAGUUCAUUGAGCAGAUGCGCCUCUGCCUUCAGCUCGGGUCCUAAUCUCAGGGGCCUGGGAUCAAACCCCAAGGGCUCCCUGAUCAGUGGGGAGUCUGCUUCUCCCUCUCCCUCUCCCACUUCCCCACUUGUGUUAGUCCUCAUGUUCUCUUUCUCUUUCUCUCAAAUACAAUCUUAAAAAAAAAAAAAAACCCACUGUAUUGAAAUUGCAGAACUCCAAAGUCACAGAGAAAUUUCAAGAACGUUGAAAUUACCUACAAAUUACCCAGAUGAAGAAGCUAGAUCACCUACAAAAGAAUGACAUUUCAAAUGACAGCAAUAAUAGAAAAAUAUCUUCAAAAUAUCUUCAAGAGGUGAGAGCAAAAUAAAUUCAUUUUCAGACAAAUAAAUAGUGUGAGAAUUUUCCACGAACUCCUGAAAGAACAAAAGAACAUGCUUUAGGAAGGAUCCAGAAAAAAAGUGUAGAAUCUAAGAAGCAAUGGUGAGCACAGAGAUCAAUUCUAUAGACAGCAGGAAUGAUGGAACAAGAAGCAAUUAAAGGGACACAAAUUAAAGUAUAAGUACAUUUAAAUAUCUCAGUUAUCAUAAAAAAUGUAAAUGUAUACAACUCAGCAAUUUAAAGACUCUCCAAUUUGGAUAAAAAGUAAUUCCAGCUCUAUGCUUUUCACAAAUAGCACUCCUAAAAAUACGACAUCGAGGUAAACUAAAGAAAUGGAAAAAGAUAAAAAGAGUUAGAUGUUGUCCCGAAGAAAUACGAUCUAGUCGCAUUAACAUCAGACAUUUCUGCAAAGAAGACAUCCAGAUGGCCAACAGACACAUGAAAAAGUGCUCCAUAUCACUCGGCAUCAGGGAAAUACAAAUCAAAGCCACAAUGAGAUAUCACCUCACACCAGUCAGAAUGGCUAAAAUCAACAAGUCAGGAAAUGACAGAUGCUGGCGAGGAUGCAAAGAAAGGGGAACCCUCCUACACUGUUGGUGGGAAUGCAAGCUGGUGCAACCACUCUGGAAAACAGCUUGGAGGUUCCUCAAAAUGUUGAAAAUAGAACUGCCCUAUGACCCAGCAAUUGCACUACUGGGUAUUUACCCUAAAGAUACAAACGUAGUGAUCCAAAGGGGCACAUGCACCCGAAUGUUUAUAGCAGCAAUGUCCACAAUAGCCAAACUAUGGAAAGAACCUAGAUGUCCAUCAACAGAUGAAUGGAUCAAGAAGAUGUGGUAUAUAUACACAAUGGAAUACUAUGCAGCCAUCAAAAGAAAUGAAAUCUUGCCAUUUGCGACAACAUGGAUGGAACUAGAGUGUAUCAUGCUUAGCGAAAUAAGUCAAGCAGAGAAAGACAACUAUCAUAUGAUCUCCCUGAUAUGAGGAAGUGGUGAUGCAACAUGGGGGCUUAAGUGGGUAGGAGAAGAAUAAAUGAAACAAGAUGGGAUUGGGAGGGAG